AUGAUCAUCACGUGGCACGUUGACGCAAGCCGCGUUGUCUUUACUCUUAUCGACAACAGCAAAUUAGCCAAUCAGAUUGCGACAUCACUUCCAAUUGUUGGAAAAAGUGCCUUUUUUGGUUCAAAUAGGUAUAGGAGCUAUGGUCGUGUUGAAGAGUUUGACAGUGGGGUCUGGAGAACAAUUUGCGAUGAUACGUGGGAUACAAAUGAUGCAAGUGUGGCAUAUAAGCAGUUUGGCUUCACUGGAGCUUCCUCUGCUAGCACUAGUGCAGCACAUGGUCAGGGAUCGAGUCCUAUAGGGAGAGAUCACAUGAAAUGCGUCGGAUGA